AUGGAGGGAGAGCUCAGUUGGGAUAACGGCUCAGCAGUUCUAGAUUGGAUUCGUCGGCAAUUGCUGGAGGAGGAUGAUAUCGAUCUGACAGCUUCAAGAUCUCUAGCCACAGAUUCAUCAUCCUCGUCCUCGUCUGCCCCGCCAAGGAGAGGAGCUACUUACAAAGGCGUCAGGAGAAGACCAUGGGGGAAAUACGCAGCGGAGAUAAGAGAUCCCAGUAAGAACGGAGCCAGAAUGUGGUUGGGGACCUACGAGACCCCUGAGGAGGCGGCCGUGGCGUAUGACCAGGCAGCUUUCAAGAUGCGAGGCUCCAAGGCUAAGCUUAACUUUCCUCACCUUAUCAGCAGCGCACACGAGGCACAGGCAGUCAAGGUGUCUAAUUGUUGUAAUAAACGCCAGCGUCCGCAGGAGUCCAAUUCUCCGGUAGUACCUAAAAGGCGAAACAACAUCAACAUAAUUAACCAAACGGCUAGACUUCCUUCCCUCGGAUUAAACACGUGGAGAGGCGAUCUCCAUCAAGAAACCCUCUCUGGUUUCGUCGCAGCGAUCGAAACCAUCAAAAUCCUAAUCGAAGAGACCAAAUCCACAAACAGCGCCAAGAUCCUCCGCGGAUUCAGAGACAGGAUGGAGUUCAAUAUCGUCUCCAUCUCACGCAAGGCCAACGCUGUCAAAACCCUAAUCGAUGCCAUCGAGCCCGAGAAUCGUAGGACUGGUUCUUGCGUAGACAUGACCUAUUAGGACAUGACACGUGUUUCGAUCACUAACGGUGUAAGGACCAAACUGAGAGAAACGAUGAGCGAGUUUCAUCGCUUCAGAGAGAGGAUCGUUGCUGAGUACACAGAGAUGAUCUGAAAGGGAAGUACUUUUUUAGCGAUUGGUGAAGACCCAAGCAACGAGGACAUGGAGAAGAUGAUAUCUGGAAAUAGGUUAGUGAUGACAUUAAAAAGAUUCUUAACACUUGAUGAAGCCUGUUUCUUGAUAGGGUCAUUUGAUGAUAUUGAAUCUAAUGUGGCUGUUGCAGGGAGCUUUGUGAGUGGAGGAGGAACCAAAAGUUUUUUCUAUGCGAACCAGGUACACAUCUUAUCAAUUUCUUAUAGAAAACAACAUUAAAAGGACAAAUAUUAAAUUGAGUUAAAUAGACAUAAAUUUGGUGUAAUCAAAUUGAAGCCGAAAUUUUAACGGAAGUUAAAAAGCCCAACCUUUUGUUUUUAUUCUAAUUUUCGGGCUUUUUGAAAACUCAAAUUUCAGAUUAGGCAAUGGGCUUAGGGUGCCUCUAGAAGUUAAUAAUUUGAUGUCGAUGGGAUUGGCCCAAACCCAGGUGCGUAAAUUUUAAAAAUAUUUAGGUUUAUUUGUGCUUGAUUAUAAUAGUUAACAUUAUAUAGAUUUGAAAGUAAAUGAGAUCGGCCCAAUUCUGAAAUAUUUAGGUUUAUUUGUUGGGCUUACUUAAACAACUUAAUAUAAUAUAGAAAGUAUAUAUUUAGGUAUGUUGUUUGGGUUAGCACUUUGUUUAGAUAUGAGUAGUUAAACGUAUCAAAAAGAUAUAUAAAUAUUAUUGAAACAUAUUGAAACAUUUAUUCCUGAUAACCUUAUUCCCUUAUACCCUUAAAUCCCCAAUACCCCAAAUCAUUCCCACUACCCCUAAUCUCAAAUAUUCUAAAUCUCAUAUAUCCCUAAUCUCAAAUACCCCCCAUAAUCCUAUAUUCCCUCUUAACCCAUAUACCCUUUAAUCUAAAAUACCCUUUAAUCCUCCUAUAUACCCUUUAAUUUCAAAAUACCCCUUAAUCCUAUAUGCCCUUAAUCUCAAAUAUUCAUUAAUCUUAAAUAACCCUUAAUCUAUAUCCUUUGAUCUCAUAUACUCUCAAAUCUCAAAUACCCCUAAUCUCAAAUACCCAUAGUCUCAUAUAUUCUUAAUUUCAAAUACCAUUUAAUCUCAAAUACCCUUAAUCACAUAUACACUUUAAUCUCAUAUACCUUUUUAAUUUCAAAUGCCCUUAAUCUCAAAUACCCCCUUAAUCUCAAAUGCCCUUUAAUCCCAUAUACCCCUUAAUCUCAAAUACCCUUUAAUCUCAAAUACCCCUAAUCCUAUAUACCCCUUAAUCUAAAAUACACUUAAUCUCAAAUACCCUUAAUCUCAAAUGCCCUUAAUCUCAAAUACCCUUUAAUCUCAAAUACCUUUUAAUCUCAAAUACCCCUAAUCCUAUAUACCCCUUAAUCUAAAAUACCCUUAAUCUCAAAUACCCUUAAUCUCAAAUGCCCUUAAUCUCAAAUACCCUUUAAUCUCAAAUACCUUUUAAUCCCAUAUACCCUUUAUUCUCAAAUGCCCUUUAAUCUCAAAUACCCUUUAUCUCAAAUACCCCUAAUCUCAAAUGCCAUAUAAUCCCAUAUACCCCUAAUCUCAAUAUACCCCUAAUCUCAAGUGCCCUUAAUCUCAAAUGCCCCUAAUCUCAAAUACCCCUAAUCCCAUAUACCCCUUAAUCUAAAAUACCCUUAAUCUCAAAUACCCCUAAUCUCAAAUAUCCUUAAUCUCAAAUACCCCUAAUCUCAAAUACCCCUAAUCCCAUAUACCCCUUAAUCUAAAAUACCCUUAAUCUCAAAUACCCCUAAUCUCAAAUAUCCUUAAUCUCAAAUACCCCUAAUCUCAAAUACCCCUAAUCUCAAUUACCCUUAAUCUCAAAUGCCCUUCAAUCCCAUAUACCCCUAAUCUCAAAUGCCCCUAAUCUCAAAUACCCCUAGGGUUUAGGGUUUAGGGUUUAGGGUUUAGGGUUUAGGGUUUAGGGUUUAGGGUUUAGGGUUUAGGGUUUAGGGUUUAGGGUU